AGCUACUCACUUGACGGUGGUCAAGGCACUGACGUCGCGUUUCAUUCACAGUAUUCCACUACUAUCUGUUUUUCCAGAUUCUACUUUAGCUAGCUUUUUAACCAAUAAGCAGUUUGUUUACCUGCCAGAGUUCACUAACGUUAUAGGUACUAGAGGAUUUGGAUAAAGCUACCCAAAAAAAGAAAUGGGGGCAUUUUUGGACAAGCCAAAGAUGGAGAAAUUCAAUGCCCACGGAGAAGGAAACGGCCUACGAUAUGGCCUGAGCAGCAUGCAGGGCUGGCGGGUAGAGAUGGAGGAUACACACACGGCUGUCAUUGGCCUGCCCCAUGGCCUCAACCCCUGGUCCUUUUUUGCCGUGUAUGAUGGCCAUGCUGGCUCUCAGGUGGCCCGCUACUGCUGCGAGCACUUGCUAGAGCACAUCACCAGCAACCCAGAUUUCAGGGGUGGGGGUGCAGGACCAGGAGGUGGAGAAGAGGGGGGCAGGGCAAUUCUGGACAGGCAUGGACCCGAGCCAUCAGUGGAGAGUGUGAAGAGUGGCAUUCGCACUGGCUUCCUGCAGAUUGAUGAGCAGAUGCGAGCUAUCUCGGAGCGUAAGCAUGGUGCGGACCGCAGCGGCUCUACUGCAGUGGGAGUCAUGAUCUCACCUCGCCACAUGUACUUCAUUAAUUGUGGCGACUCACGGGCACUCCUCAGCAGGGGAGGCCGGGUCCAUUUCUUUACGCUGGAUCACAAGCCCAGCAAUCCAUUGGAAAAGGAGCGCAUCCAGAAUGCCGGUGGCUCUGUCAUGAUUCAACGUGUUAAUGGCUCGCUAGCUGUAUCUCGGGCCCUUGGUGACUUUGACUAUAAAUGUGUACAUGGCAAGGGCCCCACAGAGCAGCUUGUGUCGCCUGAGCCAGAGGUGUAUGAGAUUGAAAGAUCUGAGGCGGAGGACGAGUUUGUUGUUUUGGCGUGUGAUGGCAUCUGGGACGUGAUGGCCAAUGAGGAGCUAUGUGACUUUGUGCGUUUACGUCUAGAGGUGACAGAGGACUUGGAGAGAGUGUGCAAUGAGAUUGUUGACACAUGUUUAUACAAGGGAAGCCGGGACAACAUGAGUGUGGUGCUGGUGUGUUUCCCAGGUGCUCCCAAGAUCUCGCAAGAAGCUGUGAAGAGACAAGCAGAGCUGGAUAAGUACCUGCAGAGCAGGGUAGAAGGUGGAGCAUCUAAAAAGAAAUGAGUUAUGUUACACAUUUCAACAGAGCGAGACACCGAUUGUUGUUGCGUAAACUUGUGGUAGUACUUAUUACUUACCAAAACAGAAACUAAAUAUAAAAGUACUCACAGAACCCCAAUUUUAAGUGUGAAGGCACUUGAGUGUCUUUAUAGGCAACAUACUUUUUAAUAUGGUUUAUCCUGGACUUAAAAUGUCCUCAAGGGAAAUUUAGCAAAUGUUAACUUUAGAAUGCUUAACAUAUAUACACAUAUAUAUAAAAUCAUAUUCAUUGUCAAAAUGUUUUUUUUUUCACAGUUUUUCCAAUGAAGCAAGCUCAAUAUUGUAUCUUCUGGACCCGGUUUUUCAAAACAUUUAAUCUUGAUCAGAAUGAUACAGAUUCUGUAAUCCCUUAUUUUGCAUUCCAGGAUCAUAUAAAUCCAACAGAUUUUUUUGGCCAGUGUUUCUGAAAUAGGUAGGAAAGGACCAUUCUGAUCUACAUAUGAAAAUGUUAAGAAUCUAGAUUACCUGUGCUUUGAAUAUGCGUAAAUCUACUGAGCAGGUUAUAUUACUACAUACAUGAAGAAAGGUUCACUUUUUUUCUUCUUUUUUUUACCAAAUCUGUGUUUUGGAUGUACGUUAAUGUUAAAAAAGCGCUGAGACUCUAUAAAAUAAAAUAAUUUGGUUUUGAGAAACAUGUCCCACCAGCGAUUAUACUUCCUCAUGUUUGUUCAGCAGUUGUAGGGCAUGAUAAAAUAUGAACAAAGGCUCCAAAGACACCCAAAUACGUCCUUUUAAAAGUGAAUCCGUAUAGUGAUGCACGUCUUUAGAUGUUAUACACAUGCAAUUGUGUCAUUCCGAAAUGUAUCCGCAACGUUAUAUUCCAUGUUGUGUGACUUGAGCUGUACUUUUCCGUGUGCGCAUGUGCGGGCUACACAGAGAAGUAUCGCUGGAGAAUGUAAUGUUGCGCAUAGUCACUUUACUGCUUUAAUCAGCUUUAAUAUUGCAGAUAUAUUGUGGUUCCUAGCAAUGUAAUUGUCUGCAUAAUUUCCAAUCCCCCAUAUAUAUUUUUUGUAAAUAUAUAUAUAUAUAUAUAUAGUACCAGUCAAAAGUUUGGACACACUUACUCAUUCAAGGGUUAUUCUUUUUUGUGUGCUAUUUUCUACAUUGUAGAAUAAUAGUGAAGACAUCAAAACUAUGAAAUAACACAUGGAAUCAUGUACGAACCAAAGUGUUAAACGAAUCAAAAUAUAUUUUAUAUUCUUCGAAGUAGCCACCCUUUGCCUUGAUGACAGCUUUGCACACUCUUGGUAUUCUCUCAACCAACUUCAUAAGGUAGUCACCUGGAAUGCACUUCAAUUAACAGGUGUGCCUUGUUCAUUUGUGGAAUUUCUUUCCUUCUUAAUGUGAUUGAGCCAGUCAGUUGUGUUGUGACAAGGUAGGGGUGGUGUACAGAAGAUAGCCCUAUUUGGUAAAAGACCAUAUUAUGGUAAGAACAGCUCAAAUAAGCAAAGAGAAAGGACUAUUGACUCUGACUUUUCAAACACCCAGCAAUGCUAUUUGCAGAGUUGGCUCCAAUUAAAUGUUGCAAUUUUUCUGCCAUUCCUGAACCUGCAACUAAAAAUAUGCUCCAUGUGGGCAGUACCAAAACAAGUAAUCUCAUGAUUAUGAAUGAUUCUUCACAGCAAUAUAACAUUCUAUUGGUUGCAAAAUUGUUGUAUUAUUUACAUUGAAAAACUGUUUUUAAUCUGGUGUCAUUUUGUGUAUCAGUUCAUAGACCACGUGCCAUAGAAUCGGUACAUAGAAAAUCUCCUCCAAGCUAUUUUGAAACCUGUAUGGUGCAGCUGUCCAUUUUUUUUUUUGUCCAUAAAUUAAACUGAUACACGCUUUUAUUUAUCAGAAUUUUCUUUAGCCAAUUUUGGUCUUUAAUGCAGGACUGACAGACAAGUUUUGUACCUUCUCCCCUUUCCAACUUGUCUCCUCCAUUUUUGGGGUAAUGCUGCAAUCAGUCGUUUGUAAUUUUGGAUAGAGCAGACAUUUACAUAUUGUUUGUUAACUGCAUGUGUGACAACUACACCAGUCCUAUUUAUUAUAUAAUUUACAAAGAUUAUAUUUUUUUAUUCCCCCCCCCCAAAUAUAUAUAUAUUUUUUAAUCAAUUAGUACAUUUGAGUUUAACCAUAAUAUUUGUUCUAAUAUUUGGUGUGUCUUCUGGUGGAUUAAGCUGAAAUUUCAACCAGCUUUAUAUUGCUUGUUUUAAAAAUAGCAUUAUUUUGGAGAUUUCAUUUUCAAAUAACCGAAAGUGAGAGGUUGUAAUGUGAAUGAAGGGAAAAAGGCCGUUAUUGAACUCUGGGUGAACUAUUUCUUACUAAUCUGCUAGAGAACCAGUUUGGAUUUAAGAAUAGUUUUUGUAUGACUUAAGCCUUUAGUGAGAGGUCCAAUGCUUUAAUAUUUAAUAAUUUCUGCCCCCCGAAUAUUCAUUAUAUAAAUAGGCCUUUAAUUUUGUCUGGCUUGCCAUUCCAAAUUAAGUGGAAUAUGUUUGCUCAUAUCAUUUUAAAAACCAAGUCGUUAGGUGUGGGAGCCUUUGUUCAUGUUUUAUCAUGUCCCUGCAAUUGCUGAAUGAGCAUGAGGAAUUAUAUCGCUGGUGGCGUAAGUUUCUUAAUAACAAGUAAAUUGCAAAAAAAGAGUGUCAGGGUACUUCUAUAACAUGUAAUUUACAUCCAAAAUACAGAUUUGGUGGCAAAAAAACAAGUGACCUUAACCUUUAACAAUAAUAGAGCCUGCAUCACUGAACUUCUGUGACACCUAUACUGCAUUCAAUUUAACACAAUUAAAACAUUAAAUUCAGACAGUAGGCUAAACUUUGGUUUUAAGAUGUAAGAAUGUUUUACAAACAUCCCCACCUUAGUUACUGACCUCAUUAUAAAUGUCAUGCUGGAUGUCAUUAUGGAUGCAUGCAUUCACAUGUUUUUCCCCUCUAGCACAUAUUCAAAAGUCUCUGUACAGAUAUUUAAUUACACAGGGUAUUUACAAAUAAAUGCAAAAAGUAGCGUAUGUACGCAUUCUCAUGCGCCAAAGGCGUGUCUCAGCUAUUUUAAAAGCUGCACGGCUACUCGAUGGCAGGGAAAUUCUUGAAAUCAAAUAUUGUUCUGUAUGGUUUUCCCUGUGGCUAUCUAUUCUGAAGUCUUAAUUUUAGCCUACAUGCUGUCAUAUUAUCAUGUUAUAAAUCAUAGCAUGUCAUUUGAGGAAGGUCAAUUAAAAAUAAACUCCCAGAAGAAAAUGCUUACAAAAA